AUGGCGAGGGUACGGCGAAGGAAUCCAGCUGUGACCAGAGCCAAAAGACAGCCGUGCCAACCAGCACCAUCCAGCUCGGUCCAAGGUUCUCCUGGAACAAGCGGCGAGAAUAGGAGGCAAGGCUCCGCCGCAUCGAAAGCAGACAAAAGGUUCCCUGACGAGGUCAAUGUCUCCCAACCAGACACAGAGGGCCAGCUUACGGCCACGAGGUCCUUGCAGUGUGGCGUGUGCGAGAAAGUUUUCAAACGCAAGUCGCAGUUGCGAACACACUUGUAUGUUCACGUACGCGAAAAACGGCACGCCUGUGGCGUGUGCGGCAAGGCAUUCUCGCAGAAAGGGAGCCUUGUGGUCCACAGUCGCUCGCACACGGGCGAGAGACCCUUCGAGUGUUCGUCCUGCCCGGCCACGUUCACCAGAAGCAGCAUUUUGAAAAGCCACAUGUUGACCCACACCGGCGAACGACCGCAUGAGUGCAGCGAGUGCGGACGGAGAUUCGCCUUGAAGACAACCCUCGCGUACCACGCGCUGACUCAUUCGGGGAAGAAGACGGUCGCCUGCCACGUGUGCGGCCGAAAAGUUUUCCGCAGCGACGCACUCCGGAGGCACGCCCGCACGCACACUGGCGAGAAGCCGUACACCUGCCACCUGUGCCCCGCUACGUUCGCGCUCUUGAGUACGCUGAAAGGGCACGUUCUGACCCACACCGGUGAACGACCUCAUGGGUGCGAUGUAUGCGGGAAGAGAUUCGCCCUAAGAGGGAACGUUUCGCGUCAUAAGCGCAUCCACUCGGCCAGUAGCUAAGCAUGGCUGUAGCAUUUGUAGCAUGAAUAGGUCUAACUUCCGCUACGACUGCAGCGCAAACUGCAGAACAAUCAAAGCGUUUGUAUUCUUGUGUUAAUACCGUCCACUCACAGCAAGUCACACACAAUAUCACACAUAGGAAGUCGGCUGCAAUACAUACUCUUCAGUGCGCAUAUUGCCACCAGCCAGGCAGCUGGAAGAGGC